UUUGAGAUGCAUAAUAAAGAUCUGCUGUAUAUACCCUUGCUCUUUUGUACUGCUCGUUGAGCUGCAAGAGUCUCGAUAAUAUUGAAUUCGAAACAGCUGUAUCUGGAUAUCGUUACUUUGCGCGAUCAAUCUGUUGAGAGUGCAUUGCUGGCAGUCCCAAUUGUAAUACUGUGUGACAAACCCAUCCCUACCUUGAACAAAAAGCUCAAGUAGGGCCGGGCAGCAGGCGCGUCGCUGCCAACCCUCGAAAACGAUUCUCAGAGAUCGAUUGAGACAACAACCCGUCGUCUUCACUCGACACAAGGCCCGAAAAUGGCACCCUCAUCUCGCACGUCCAAGGGCAAAGGCUCUGUAUCCAAAAAGGCAACCGCUGCAGGAUCCAUCCCAAAACCUUACCGCAAGAUCCCAGACAGCCUUUCUUCCUUUGUCGAAAUACUUGACCCGGAGCAUGUCUACGUGGCCCACGUGGACUCCAAACUACCCGCAUUCAAGCGCAAGAUAUUCCUGGUGCCCGUUGCUCUGAACCUGGCCGUCUUUUCACUAUUCGUCCUCCGCCUGCGCUACAUCGCCCCCUACUACAAGCAGCUCGCCCUCGCCGCUGCCGGCAACCACGUGACGGGCAUCUCUCUCGACACAGCCGCCCUGUCGUGGACCGCCCUGUCCUGGAUCAUUUUCCGCCGCGGCUUCACCCUCUUUCUAGACCUGGUCCUGCUAAUCUUUGUCUGGCCCUGGCCCGUCGAGUUCUGCCUGGGCCGCACCCACGGCAACCCCUGCCUCUGGCGCUGGCAGGUCGGCUUCCGGGACAAGGAGGUCUACGUCCGGCGCAGCCGCGAGUGGGACCGCCAGCUGGCGGGCAGGGACGUGCUGACGGACCAGGCGCCGCGCAGCCAGCUCGCCACGUAUGUCCGCAACGCCACGUCGCCCGUGCUGCUCAACGACAAGACGGGCUAUCUCACCAUGAACGGCGACUGGGACCUCGACUGGGCCGCCAUGGUGUACGCGCAUAAGCUCGUGGACGCCAAGGCGCUGGCGCUGGAUGAGUUUCGCCUCGUCGUGUUGCUGCAUCACAAGGAGCACGGCUGGCUGGUUCUCGACACUGGCAGUGGUGUCAGUGGUGGCAGCAAGGAAGAUGAGAGAAGGCGGCAGGUCUUUGCCUUCCGCGAGGCUCUGGUCGGUCUUGGAAAAGAGGAUCUCUUCUUCCGCUGGAUCGAGACUGUCCAGUUCGAGGCCACACAGCCCGGCGGCAUGACAGAGGAAAAGCAGGUUGCUGUUGCGCAGAAGAUCCGAGAUCUCUUCCAAGAUGAGGGAAUUAACUUUGACGAGCUAUGGAGAGAAUCAGUGGGAAGCGAUAGCCUGGCGGGGAUGUGAUGGAAGACGAAUUUCCCAGUGCUUUUACCAUUCCUCAUCAUGUACAACAACGCGCAUUAGCAGCAUUGCCACGGCACAUCACAUCACCGUAAUCUUAAUGGGACCUAGAUGGGCGGAGAGCAAUUGGUAUUCAAGUCGUGUUUACAUCGAGUGGCCGAGGCCCAUAUACACAAAGGCCACCUCCAACAACAAGCAUCUGCCCUGUGGCUACAACGUCCAACGUUCUGUGGGCGACUGUUCUCACCCAGCUUUUACAAGCCCAGACAGCAUACGCAUCCGUCAAGGCGUAUCAAAGGUAUCUACUUCUUGACAGGCGCGCUUGCCUUCUUGGCGGCGGCAGCGGCAGCAGCCUGCUUCGCCUUGGCCUCAUCCUCAGAAGACUCCUCCUCGCUCUCCUCCUCAUCGUCUUCCUCCUCCGAAGACUCGCUCGGAGGCAUAUCACCGGGCUGGGGCUUGGGCGGGGCCUUUGCCUUGGCCGCCGCAGCUGCCUUGGCGGCCUUCUUCUCUGCCUUCAGCUGCUCGCGGCUCUUCUUGGGUGGCCUGGGCUUCCGCUCCUGUUCCUCUUCGGAGCUCCCUUCCUCCGAGUCCUCUUCAGAGUCCUCCUCUUCCUUCUUGUAGUCUUCGUUAUCUAUGGGUUGGAGGUCUCGAGAAAAGUGUCUGCCGCCUGUUUUGUAGGGAGUUGGGUUUUUGGGGAAAGGGGUCAGCUAAGUUGCGCCGCGCAGACACCCGCGGAACACUCAAGGCACCGUAGGUUGGGUGAGAGGGUGGAAGGGCGGCUUUACCUCCACGCGUGAACUUCUUAAAUUUGCCGCCACGGCCGCGCGAGUUGCCUCCCGGUCUUCCAGACAUGUUUGCGGUAGUUGAUGGACUUGGUCGAGUAACACGCGACGCGAGUACUCGGGGGGAAUGCGGGCGGGGGUGGGGUAGGUAAGCAGAUAGGUAGUAAAGGGGGAGGGAGAGCUUGCGAACUAAGGGCGCGGAUAAGUCGUUAUGAUGAUGGCAGGGCGUCUAGUCUAGUGCUACUAGACACGGGAGAAGUAUGUAUAGAGAUAGGAACUGGUGAAAAUUAGUAGCCAAGGUAUGUGUUUAGAACUUGCAUGUACAACAAGA